AUGAAGGCGUUUUUCAAUAGUAGUACUUCCAGAAACUCCUUUUUCAAACAGGAACAAGAAAGGAUAGAGUCAAUUAUCAAAGAGCCUUUACUUGAAUAUGUGCUACAGGAUUUGCCUCAUUUGCAAGCGACAAAAGAACAGCAAGAUGAUAUCUGGGAGAUGAUAGCUAUAAAGCUAAAUACUGACCAGUUUCAAUCCGCUUUGGCGUCUACCGAUAAUAACAACAAGGAUUUGGAUGAAAUUGCCACGCUUAAUGGACAGUACAUCAAGGAUGUAUAUUUAAAACUAAUGGAUGAUUUCACGCAACGGGUUUACUCAAUUAACCGCUACAAACAAGUGUAUAAGGCUGAAUAUGUCAGGCCCCCAGAUGGUGGGCUGGCUCCAAUUGGAUAUGCAGCAUUCUCAUUGCCCAUAAGAGAGAUAUUGACAGAGAGGAUAGAUAAACUUUUAUGUGAAUUAUUCUAUUUAAAAGGGUACGAUGUUGAAGUCAUGGCUAAACUAAGCAAGGAAAGGUUCGAAGAACAGCAACGAAAUGAUUUUAGGUAUAAGCUGCCUGUUGUUGUUCCUAACAAUAUAAGCCAACAUCACGAAGUACAUAGAGAAAGUCUAGAUGACACUUCCGCCACUGAUAAUAAAGAAAAAACGCACAAAGCAUUGAAGCAAAUGAAAGAACAACUGGAAAAGCUGAAACUAGAAUUCUAUGAAAAGGAAUUUGAAAAGAAAAACAAGAAGCUUGACCAAUUAAAUAAAGAAAAUAAACGAUUAUUGGAAUUGAACCAUGAAUUGGUAACAGAAUUACAAAAAUUAAGAGAUCUGUCUUGA